AUCUGGAGCCAGAUGGUCGUUGGGAAUUUCCGUAAUCGUGGUAACAAGGGAUAUUUCACCGCAAGAACCAUGAGACCUAAAGAAAAGACAAUUCGGCAGAUAAGGCAAGUUGUUUUUCUGCUCACUUUCUUAAAUAUUUUGGAAGUCGGGUCAGAUUCGGUUCGGUAUUCGGUACUAGAGGAAACAGAAAACGGCUUUUUUGUCGCGAAUGUGGCAAAGAACCUAGGGCUGAAUAUCGGGAAUCUGUCAGCCCGGGAGGCUAGAAUCGUUUCCAAAGGAGAUGAACAGCAUUUUCAGUAUUUUCAACUCAACCGUCACACGGGGGAUUUGCUCCUGAAGGAGAAACUCGACCGGGAGUUUCUAUGUGAGCAGAGGGAGUCCUGCAUAGUGCGUUUCCAGAUUUUACUGGAAAACCCUUUAGAGUUUUAUCAGAUUGAAAUAAUAGUAGACGACAUAAAUGAUCAUUCUCCCGUGUUCCAAGACAAGGAAAUAAUUCUGAAUAUUUUCGAGAAUAGUCCUGCAGGGGCAGAAUUCCGAAUUCCAAGUGCAGAAGAUUUGGACAUAGGAAUCAACAGCAUCCAGGAAUAUACCAUCAGUCCCAACUCCUAUUUCCGCAUUAAAACUCGCAAUCACAGUGAUGGGAGAAAAUUCCCAGAACUGGUGCUGGUUAAAGCCCUGGAUCGGGAGGAGCAGAGUGAGAUCUAUUUAACUAUCACGGCACUGGAUGGCGGAUCCCCGCCUAGAUCUGGAACGGCCGGCGUUCACAUUCUUGUUGUGGACAUUAAUGAUAACACUCCGGAGUUCACGCAACCACAGUAUGAAGUUCAGAUUCCCGAAAAUAGUCCUAAAGGAUCGCUCGUUACCACAGUCUCUGCUAAUGAUAUUGACACAGGAAUCAAUGGAGAAAUAGCAUACACGUUUUUCCAUGUCUCGGAUUAUAUUCGCAAAAUGUUUGAAAUAAAUCAAAUUUCCGGGGAAAUGCGAUUAAUAGGGGAAUUGGAUUUUGAGGCCAGGCAGUCAUAUAUGGUAGACAUUCAGGCCUCAGACGGUGGGGGGCUUUCGGCAAAAAGCGCCGUCCGUGUUCAAGUGUUGGACGUGAACGACAAUCGGCCCAAAAUCACCAUAUCAUCAAUUAACAGCCCCAUACCCGAGAACUCGCCCGAGACAGUUGUUGCUGUUUUCAGCAUAUCAGAUCGCGACUCAGGGGACAACGGUAAAAUGAUUUGCUCCAUCCAGGACCAUCUGCCCUUUGUCCUUAAACCGACAGUCGAGAACUUCUUCACUCUGGUAUCAGACCGAACACUGGAUAGAGAGAGCCAGUCCGAAUAUAAUAUAACCAUUGCUGUCUUGGAUUUGGGCUCUCCAAGCCUCAGAACGGAGCAGAACAUAACGGUGUUGAUAUCCGAUGUCAAUGACAAUCCUCCGGUGUUUAAUCAAACAGUCUACACAUUUUAUAUCAGGGAAAACAACAGUCCUGCCCUGCACAUCGGCAGUGUCCAAGCGAUGGACAGAGAUUCAGGACAGAACGCCAGGGUGUCCUUUUCCUUGUUGCCUCCCGAAGUCGGAGACUUUCCCCUGCCCUCUUUCGUUUCCAUCAACUCGGACAAUGGCAAUCUCUAUGUUCUGAGAUCUAUGGAUUACGAAGCUAUUCGGGAGUUCCAGUUCGCAGUCAGGGCGGUGGAUAGCGGUUCCCCAGCCCUGAGCAGCCAAGUGAUGGUCCAGGUGGGGGUCCUGGAUGACAAUGACAACAGUCCCUUCGUUCUGUACCCUCUGCAGAACGGCACCGCCCCCUGCAAUGACCUGGUCCCCAGGUGGGCGGAGGCCGGCUACCUGGUGACCAAGGUGGUGGCGGUGGACGCAGAUACAGCUCAGAACUCUUGGCUUUCCUUCCAACUGCUCAAGGCCACGGACCCAGGACUCUUCAGCGUGUGGCCCCACAACGGAGAAGUCCGAACCACGAGGCUCAUCACCGACAGAGACGCCAUCAAGCAGAGCCUCGUUGUCCUCGUGAAGGACCAUGGAGAGCCACCUCUGUCCACUGCAGCCACUCUGCAUGUGCUUCUAGUGGACGGCUUUUCGGACCCCUACAUCCGAAUCCCGGAGAUGCCGAGAAUCGGAGAGCAGGAAGAUUCCCUCACCAUGUACCUGGUCAUUGCUCUGGCUUCUGUCUCUUUCCUUUUUCUCUUCUCGGUGAUCGUCUUCAUCGUGGUGAAGCUAUGGAGCAGGAGAGAGCACGUGGAUGGCUCCAGCCUGGGCCCCGAUAGCCAUUUCCCGGGACAUUUGGUGGAUGUAAACAACACGGGUACCCUGUCCCACAGUUAUCGCUAUGAGGUGUGUUUAACCACUGGUUCCGGCAACAGUGAGUUCCAGUUCCUCAAACCCAUUAUCCCUAACCUCCCUUCUCAGGGAUCUGAGAAGGAUCUGCAUGGAAUUCCUCCUUCUGGACAUAAUCUCGUUCCGUAUUAACAAAGCUAAUUUAACUCAGUGGGUUUCAUUAGGGUUAAUGAUGUUUUUAAUCGAUGUGUUUUCAGGUCGUUUUCUAUCCUUUAUUUAAACCAAAAUAAUCCUGAAGAUAUCUGAUAGAAUAUUGUGAUAUUGCCUCUCAUCUGAAUGGUUCAGAAGCCCUCUUUCAGCUAUUGUGUAUGCGACUCAUCUUGUUUUUUGCUUCAUUAAAAUAAAAAUAGUUCAAAAGAA